AUGCACAACUCACCCGCAUCCCAUGUCCGAGUGGCUGUCACUCAGGCCGAGCCUGUCUGGCUCGAUCUAGAUGCCACUGUCGAGAAAACAUGUGCUUUGAUCAAAGCCGCCGCUGCGAAUGGCGCUCAACUGGUGACUUUCCCCGAAUGCUGGAUCCCGGGGUACCCAGCUUGGAUAUGGUCGCGCCCAGUCGAUAUGCGCCUCGUGACCAUGUACAUGCAAAACUCCUUGAAGGUCGAUUCCCCCCAGAUGCUUCGCAUUCGGGAAUGUGCCGCGGCGAACAAUAUCAUCGUGUCUAUCGGAUUCUCUGAAAAUACUCAUUAUUCCCUAUACAUCUCACAGGCUACCAUCGGAUCUGAUGGCAAGAUCCUGAUGCUACGAAAGAAGAUUAAGGCAACCCAUAUGGAACGAACCAUCUUUGGCGAUGCGCUAAAUGAGUGUCUCAACAGUGUGGUUGAUACACCUAUUGGUCGACUCGGUGCUUUGUCGUGCUGGGAGCAUGCUCAACCGCUGCUCAAGUAUCACACCUAUCUGCAGCGCGAGCAGAUUCAUGUUGCCGCAUGGCCACCGCUUUUUGAAACGAGCAAAGAUGACGAAUCUUUGUUCUCCAUGUCUCGUGAGGGCACCGACGCUCUCGCAAGCACAUACGCCAUGGAAUCCCAGUCCUUCGUGCUCCACACCACCGCCGUGCUAACACAGUCCGCAAUUGACAAAAUGGAAACAAGCACCGGCUUAAUCAUGAAUUCGCCCGGCGGUGGCUUUUCAGCGAUCUUUGGUCCUGAUGGCCGCCGACUCUCGGAACCCAUCCCGAGUACAGAGGAAGGAAUCGUUUACGCUAAUAUAAAUCUGGACGAUAUACUUAAGUCUAGGGCAUUCCUGGAUGUUUGUGGGCAUUAUAGUAGGCCUGAUUUGCUUUGGUUGGGGGUUGAUUCUACGGCCAAGUCGCAUGCGAGGGAUCAUCAGGCGGCGGCGUUGAAUUUGGGGCCUUCCAAACAGACUGAGAAGUCGGAGAAUGAAGCAAAGGAGAAGGCAGGGUAG